AUGAAAACGGCAAAAGCAAACGCCGCGGUUAUCGACAGUUACUUGCAAGAAGAGUGCGCGGCAGCACGUAUCUCGUGUCCUGACGAGCGUAGAGCAGCGGAGGCUUACAUCAGCCCUAUGGGGGUAAUUCCAAAAGCUCACCAACCUGGUCGAUGGCGCCUUAUCGUAGAUUUGUCAUCCCCUUGCGCAGCGAGCGUCAAUGAUGGCAUUGCACCUAACUUGUGUUCCCUCUCAUACGUUAGUAUAGACGUGGCAGCACGGAAAAUAUGCGAGCUGGGAACAGGGGCUAUGAUGACAAAGCUUGAUAUACAGAGCGCAUAUCGACAUAUCCCUGUUCACCCAGACAAUCGUCAUCUCUUGGGAAUGUCAUGGAAAGGCAAGGUGUACCUCGACAGAGCUUUACCUAUUGGCUUGCCCUUGGCCCCCAAGAUAGUUUCUGCUGUAGCAGACGCACUAAUGUGGAUUAUGUCCUGCCGAGGCAUAACAGCCGCCAUACAUUAUUUGGACGAUUUUCUAUUUUUCGGACGUCCGCAAGCAUCGGAAUGCGAUGAGAACCUGCAAAAGCAUUAA